AUGCCAAAGGAGUCCAAGCACGGACUUGCUGCUCGCUCUCGAGUACUAAAGGCGCGUAGAGAGGGGCGUGACUGGGGAAUCGUCGCGGGAUGCAACGACAUCCCGCCCUCUACUGCCUGCAAUAUCGUCGCGCGCUGGACACCUGACGUAAAGAAGAGAGGCGGUGCUCGGGCGGUCUGCACGGAGUGCACACCCGAAAUGGAAGAUGCGUUGGUGAAGUACCUGGAGGAGAACUGCCAGUAUACACUCGCUCGGAUGAGCGACAUGAUACAUUUUGACUUCGACUUUAAGCUAAGGACGUCUCUAAUCAUUUCACCUGAAGUAAGUUUGGUGCACUUCGCCAUUCGGCGCGGGAGCAUCAGGAUGGAGGAAAUCGCCGCGUUCAUGGACGCUGUCUACGAGGCUGUGAAGGCCCAUAAUGCCUACCAAGAGCACUUCCAGGGAAAUACCAUUGUCAUCGUAUGGGACAAUGCCCCCGCUACAGCAAGACGGAGGACAUCGUUCAAAAGCGAGAUGACCUGA